GUUAGCUUUCAGUGCCGUACGCUUCUUGGGGGUUUGCCGUGACAUUCCGCGGCUCGUCGAAAUCAGUCAGCGAGAACACUGGGCAGACAGGGACGACGGGAUGUGUGCGGUAGCCCUGGCCCUGGUGGGAGAUGCUGGGAUAACUAUUUCGGAUAUUCUAGCUAUCUGUGGCGACUAUGGUCUAUCACUCCCGACUACAACCAAUACAAGCUCGACCUCAGAAAAAUCGCCAUCAAAAACAGCAUCCUCGGAUGCAACUCUUGCCAAAAAUGGCCUCGUUGUACCAAACGCCGACUACUCGAGCAGCAAGAGGAACAGCAGGGCGCCGACAACACUAUCAGCAGAAACGAUAAAAAGCAUCAG